UUUAGAUCCCCGGCUCGGUUCUGCGGCAACAUUUUUUUUCGCGAGUGUGUCCUUUUUCCGCUCCCCGUUCCUCGGACAAAAGGAUUUCGUCAUCCCUGGUAGUAUCCACGUGAAAGGCAGAACAACCCCGAAGAAAAAAGAUGGUGCUCGAUCUGGAUCUGUUCCGCAGCGACAAGGGCCACGACCCGGCCAAGGUGAAGCGGAACCAGGAGCUGCGGUUCAAGGAUGUGGCGCUGGUGGACACGGUCAUCGAGCAGGACGUCGAGUGGAGGCGGUGCCGGUUCAACGCGGACAACUUUAACAAGCUGAAGAACCUGUGCAGCAAGGAGAUUGGCGAGAAGAUGAAGAAGAAGGAACCGGUGGGGGAUGAGGGGGAGGCGGUUCCGGCGGAGGUUGCCGGGGAUUUGCUGGGCGUUAAGAGCGAGGACUUGAAGAAGCUGACGGUGAAUCAGAUCAAGAAGGUGAGGGGGUUGAUUGAGGAUGCGGUUGUGGAGAACGAGAAGAAGUUGGGCGAGGCUGAGGUGAAGAGGAAUACGGCGUUGCGGGAGGUUGGGAACCAUUUGCACGAGAGCGUUCCGGUGAGCAACGACGAGGACGAGAACAAGGUCGAGCGGACCUUUGGGGAUUGCGAGAAGAAGCUGAAGUACUCGCACGUUGAUUUGAUUGUGAUGAUUGACGGGAUGAACGGAGAGAAGGGAGCUGUUGUUUCCGGAGGUCGCGGGUAUUUCCUUACUGGUCCGGCGGUGUUCUUGGAACAGGCGUUGAUUCAGCACUCGUUGCACAUUCUGCACGGCAAGGGCUACACUCCGCUUUAUACGCCGUUCUUCAUGCGCAAGGAAGUGAUGCAGGAAGUGGCCCAGCUGUCCCAGUUUGACGAGGAACUGUACAAGGUCGUGGGAAAGGGCAGCGAAAACAAGUCCGAGGACGGUAGCACCGACGAGAAGUACCUCAUUGCCACCUCGGAACAACCCAUCGCCGCUUAUCACCGUGACGAAUGGAUCCCGGAGGCUUCCCUGCCGAUCAAGUACGCCGGCUUAUCGACCUGCUUCCGUCAGGAGGUCGGUUCUCACGGUCGUGACACGCGUGGAAUCUUCCGCGUGCACCAGUUUGAAAAGGUCGAACAGUUCGUGCUCACUUCCCCCCAUGACAACAAGUCCUGGGAAACGAUGGACGAGAUGAUCGGCAACGCCGAAGAGUUCUGCCAAUCCCUGGGAAUCCCGUACCGCGUGGUCAACAUCGUCUCCGGUGCCCUGAACCACGCCGCCUCCAAGAAGCUCGACCUGGAAGCGUGGUUCGCCGGCUCCGGUGCGUUCCGAGAGCUCGUCUCCUGCAGCAACUGUCUCGACUACCAGGCGCGCCGACUCCUGGUCCGUUACGGCCAAACCAAGAAGAUGAACGCCGCCGUCGACUUUGUGCACAUGCUGAACGCGACGAUGUGCGCCACCACGCGCGUCAUCUGCGCCAUCCUCGAGACGCACCAGACCGAGACGGGCGUUAAGGUCCCGGAACCCCUUAAAAAAUUCAUGCCGGAAAAGUACCGCGACGAGAUCCCGUUCGUGAAGCCGGCCCCGAUCGAGCUAGAAGCGGCAGCGGCCGCCGCCAAGAAGGACAAAAAGGGCGGCAAGAAGGAAACUGCGGCAGCCUAAUCUCUCGUGACUCAGUGAUUCGAAUCGGCUAGGAGGCAUUUCCGACAAUGAAACCGUUUUGUCGUCUUCUUUCGUAAUGCAUACAUAUUUUUAAACUCACUUAUUAUUUAUAAUAUCGAUUGAGCGAACAGUUGAAGAGUGUUAAUUCAGGAUAGCAAUUUGAGUUUGCUGGUGUGCUGGAAAUCACGCGGAAAUAAAAAGUGCGCAAGCUUGAAGCUUACAGAA